GUCUACCCGCGCCAGUCCAACGUGAAGAAUAUGGAAAGCAAAAUUGACUCCAUCCUUGACUCGAUCAAGAAUCUUGCGGGCGCCGUCCACUCCUCGCACCAGGAGAUGGCCCAGCUCCAGCAGGAGGUUGAGAUAUCCAACAAGCGUUGCGUGGACCUUGCCACCCAGAUGAACUCUCUCGCGAGCCAGGUUCAGUCGUCAUCUGCCCACGCAGACCUGCAGAUGAAAGACUUACAGCAGCAGAUCGACAAUUUGCAUGGCAGGCUUUGUCAUUGUGAGAGCACUCCAACGCCCAUAGGUGGUGGUGGGAUGGAUCUGGACUCCCAGCCCUCCGUAGCGCAGCAGAGGAUCAGUGCCAUUGAGGACCAACUCUCCAAGAUCACGAAGAGCCCCACGCCUCUCAAGCCAUCUUCGGAGACUCGAAUUUCUGCCAUGGAACGUGCGCAUCGAAUCGUGAUUGUCGGCUUCCCCCGCAAGAUGAUGCAGGCUACCCUUCGUACUGCGGCAGGUUUAUUUCUUCAAGCUGGCGUCCCUCAAGGGCGUCCUCAGCCAGUUGUUCGUGCCUUUGAUAUGACUAAGAAAGUGACAUUAGACUUCGCAGAUUCGACGAAAGCUUCGGACUUUCUGACCAACAUUGCAGCUGCGCAACCGAUCCACUUCCCCGACCCUGUCUUCCCUGGCCAGUCCAUCGAGCUCCGCGCCAAGAGGGACAUGGAGCCUGGCACUCGCCUCCUCCUCCUUGCCAUGGGCAAGAUUCGGGGGCUCUUGGCGGCAGCGAUGCGGCCACUUCAGAAGGAGAUGGGCUCGAACGGCCUCGGCGGUGACAUCUACGUGCUUCGCGCUCCCGAGGGCCCCGUCAUCCUCUUCCACGUCUCCAUCGACAGUAGUGGAGUGAAACCUGCGGUCGCACUUCAGUAUGAGCCUGAACAGUUUGCGGAGUUUCACGCCUCUGUCACCCCUCUCCUUGAUCAGAUCAAGGUGCCCCUGUCUGUGGAAGCUGCGAGCCAGGUGUCAAAGCCCCUGCUCGUUACGCACGUUACCUCAAGUACGCAGAGCAGCUCACUGUUCUUUGUGCACAAGAGUGUCAUGGUCAAGUUGCUGAUAUCAAUGAGCUGCAGUGUGAGCUUCGAGGACACAAGGCGGGAGGUCAGGGAGGGCACGAUUGUUCACACUGCGCGUCUCGAUCGAGCCUACUGCAAGCUGCCGCCUGCUCUGCUGGCAGAUCUUACUGUCAGAGGGGAAACACUUGGAAGGCUACAGUCGAACAUGGCAUCGGACCACAUCCCCGUGGUUGUGACCCUCAGCACCUUCAAGCCCCAGGAGGCCCCCAAAAAGCUCCCGAAGUGGCUGGUCCGUCACCCUCUCUUUCGGGACAUCCUGGAUCCCGCGAUUUCCGCCCUCUACGCCUUGGACUUGAAUCCCUGGGACCGCUUGGGCCGCAUCAAGAACCUGAUGUUUGAAGUCGCUGAAGAGGUUCGGUCACAGUUAGCGUCCCAGCCGGCGGAGACGACGGAGGCCAAGCACUUCCGAACCCUCCAGGUGGACGCCUCGCUUUGGCCUGAGCUCUCUCGUUUCAUCAAGCCGCUGUCUGUCCCUGCCAACGCCACCUUUAACGAGCUUCAGUCGAUCGUGCUGUUUAAGGCCUACUGUGUCUCGCUGCUAUACUUUAUGUCGCAGGUGCACGCGCCCUCUAUCUCGCUCAUCAAGACAUAUCAGGCCUGCGUUCGCUUGUUGACAGCGGGCCCGAAUAAUGCACUAUCUUAUGACAUGUGCUGCAACCUCACCCAGCUCGGCCUCCCCAUAGAGUUUCCUCACAUCACCCUCGUCACUGCCUCCUCCAGAGCCCGAUACAUCGCUAGAUGCGACGAGUUCCCGAGGCUGCGCCAGCUCUAUGACAGUACCUUCUCUGACGACGAUUGGUGCAUAGUGAGGCGGAUCGCCGGCUGGAAUACCACCUCGUUUGCUGCCAAGCUCUUCUCGUUUAAGGACUGGGUUGACCAGAAAAACUUGGAGAUCCGUUUUGAGCGCAAGGAGAGACGGAACGCGCUCAGAGGCGAAGACACUGGCAUGGAGGUCGACAAGCCCCCCACAGGGCUCGACGAUGUAGAUUCGCUGGCAGAUGUGCUGGGCGCUUUCGCCGCGGACGUUCGAGAUCCGAACGAGCGGGGCGCCCGGCUGCAGGCGCAGAGGACGAAGGGCAAGAGAGGCGCCGCGCUCGAACCCAUCGCUUCGCUGGGAGGCUGGUCGCUCGGCUGGCAGGCCGAGAUGCAGUCAGCGCGGCGCAUCCCAGAGUCUGGCGACAAGAAGCGGAACAACCCAGAGUACACGGUCGCUAUGAUAGAGGACGGGUGCGAGCUUCUCGUCGCAACAUGGGGCGACGGCUUCAGAUGGGAGGAGGGCGCUGCGCCAAAGAACGAGGGCGCCCGCCGUGCCGCGAAGGUCGAACUGCAGGGCUCGCAGACGCUUCCAUACAGUCAGGAUGUGCGCCCGCGCAAGAGCCGCGCUGGGCGCAAGAAAGAGCUUGAGGAGACACUGCGGCGGCUCGGGCAGGAAGAGUCGGAAUUGUCGGAGUGCCGCGAUGAGUGCCUGAAGGAAGAGGGUGCGCCCGACAGCGGCUUCGAGCAUCGCCUCGACGCGGCAUCGGUCGAGGCGGAGCUUUCAGACGCGCCUAUGGCUGGCUCGGAGAGCUUCUCGACCCCCGAGAAGAUCGACGUCGUGAAGUCGAUCUGCAAAGAGUCCGAGAAGUGCGCUGCGUUGGACACCGACUUCAACGAGCUGAGUGUGAUUGGCGCGAUCGGUGACUUCUUCAAAUCUGAGACAGUGGCGCAGCUCUUGACCAUGAAGGGUUUCGGCCGUUCCAGCCUGAACAACGAAAAGGCAUUCCAGAGCGAUGGGGCGCCUGCAGAUGCGGGCGGCGAGGGCAACUUUGAGCCAAUUCCGUUUGAGCAACUGUCCAAGAAGGACCAGCUGGAACAGGAGUUCUGGAAGAAGAUGGCGGCGCAGGGAGAACUGAACAAGAAGGGUAAGACGUACACCGAGUACCAAGCAUUUAAGGGAGAUGACCUGGGCGCUGCUAAUUACCGCCAGCAGUGGGCCAAACUGGAGGCGGGCAAUUUCCAGAGAACCAAAUGCCACCGCAAGUGCCUGACCAAGACCAGGUACACUCAUGGGGUGUACGCUCCAAUCGGGAGGAUUGCCCACAAGGAGGGUGGCGGCGAAGCAGUCUGGCUUCAGGCAUCAAAAUACAUGAUCAAGGCGAUCCAGCGGGGGCCACCAUGGGUGGCAUGCGACGACGCGACGGACGCAAUCUGCAUCGUUGCCACGCGAGCAGCUCACGCGGCGAGAGAGCUGGGAAUCGACGUCAACCUCCACGAGGCAGCAGGCACUCGCGAGGAGACUGGCACUCGCAAGGAGACUGGCACUGGCAGGGAGACUGGCGCUGAGAUUGGCACUGCUGGCAGGGGGGCUGGCACUCGCAGGGGGACUGGCACUGGCAAGGGGACCGGCAAAGAGACUGGGACUGGCAAUGAGGAGACUGGCAAGAAAGCUGAGAAAACGGGGAUAGACUUGCUUAUCCAGAACUCGCGCAAGAGAUUGAACAAGUAUUCUUCUGUGAAUUCCACGGCGUCGUCUCUCAUGGCAUCAGCGGGGAAAGACCCCACAUGGAUUUGGAUGAAUGCGGAUGCUGACGGGAAAGCCUUGCUGGAUACGGGGAAUGAUAUGCGCCGGCAGGCAGCGAAGUGCGCGGCGAUCGCUGCCAUCAAGAAUGCAGGCGAGGACAGCGACGAGGCUGCCCCCAGGGCGUCCAAGAAGGGCAAGAAGAAGCAGCCGCAGUUCCAGGUCGGGGCACAGGGCGCCGCCGCGGCGCCGAGGGGGAGGACUGACUCGGUGCUGGGAUUAUGGUGCACCAACCUACUAUCCAGACAGCGCCACCUGAUCAGCAACCUACGAGGGUCCGACAGUUGUGGUUGCGGCUGCAAGGGCUGGUGCAGUAUGUACCCGCACCUCUUGGCCUCGCAGUGGAUGUUCGCGGCAAUGCAAGAUGGGAAUAGGCCUCAGGAGAAGCAUGACGGUUCCGAGUGGUGCCAACUUUGCCCGAUCGGCCAGAAAGCGCGCGCCUCUGCUAGACUAUCGUUCACUGCUGCGCUGAUCUACAUCAAGGGGGAUUGGUCCGAGCAUGCGAAAUCAUUGGGGCUGUCUCCGUGGAGCAUCUCGUGGUCGCCGUGCCAAUUUUGCACUCUGUCCAAGCAUGAGCUCCACUCGCUCUACCAUCAGUUGCCCUAUGGCAUCGACUGGCAGCUCAAGAACACCGAGAGCUACGAGGAGGCAUGCGCUCGGUGCGAGAUCCAAGUCACGCUGCGCACUGAGGACGACAGGAAAGCCUUGGUCCAAGCAUUGCGGUUUCGCAAGCCAGGCAAAAACGGUCCGAUUGGGGGCCGCCUUGUCGUGACCGGCUUUGUUCUCGACAACGUGCCGCUGCGCGCGGGUGACAGACUAGAGCCGUCCCCGUGUUUGUUGGACACGCACAAGCUCGAACAUAGGAACUACACGCACCUGCCCGUGACUAUCACGUUGUGGCGUACACGACGCGUCGGAAAUGAAGGUGUAGACAGUAUGUCACAUCGGUGCCCAAUGUUCGACAUAAUCAUCGGCACGUCACCUCGCGACAGUCCGGCAGUAGAUGAAUUACCCUGCUUGUAUUUCGGACCGAUCAUGCGGUACGUGUCAGCAUCCAUGUGGCGCAUAGUCCUGUCCAACAGAUGGGGCUUCAUCGGGGGCGUCGACCAACUGUCCGACAUGGGCGCACGCCAGGUGUCAGCUGAACUUUGCAGGUGGCAGGAGGCCAACAACGUGCCCAUGGACCAGCGGCUGAGCGGCAUCACGCCCAAGAUGCUCGGCAAGCGCAAAGGAUGCUGCGCGCCCGUGCACGUAGUGGGCGUGGAGUGGGCGCGCUUGACUGCUGUGGAACUCGCGGGGAAGCACGGCGACAUCUCUGUGGGUCAGCCGCAGUUUCUGAUGGAGGCUUGCGUUCGUGAGUUCGAGAGACGUUCAUUCAUUCCGAGAGACGUUGCGUUUGUAGAGAUGUUUGUUGGCCGCGGUCUGACAGCCACCCACGUCGUGGAGAUGGGCGCGAGAGCGCAUGCGUUCGAGCUCUCGGACGGAGUCGAGCAAGAUGGCUGCUCGACAGCACGGGGCAGGUCGUACAUGGUAAAUGUGGCGCCCAUGCGCAACCUCCGCAUCGUUUGCGAGCAGCCUUUGGCUUCAGAUUUAUAUGACCUGCCGUGCUUCAAGGCGGCCAUCGCAGUAUCCACUCUCAGGAGGUGCGCGACGUGGAUGGGGGGCUUGGGAGGCUCCACGAUGAAGCCCGACGAGAUGUUUUCAAACUUAGAGGGCGCUGAAUUUGCUUCUAUGCAGAAAACCUACAAGGGCGCCAGGGCCCGCAUUGGGAAACCCAAAUCUAAGUCGACCCUGGCGUUCCAGACCAAGAGGCAUACACCAUCAAAACGCACUGGUUGGAAGAGUGGCACCUGGGUCGCGGGGCGGAAGAAACACAUGAAGCGUUCGGCACAUUACCCCGUUGCGUUCACCAGGGCGUACGCGGUGCUCGUGGUCAAAGGCAGAUCGAGGGAGAGGAGGCAGGUCGAGGGAGAGGAGGCCGGCGAGCUGCUCGAGGGAGAGGAGGCGAGGCAGGUCGAGGGAGAGGAGGCUGGCGAGCUGCUCGAGGGAGAGGAGGGCUUUGAAUGGGGGGCGUCCUCGUUCAGAAAAGAGGUCGCGCGUGAUCUCGAGGCAAGGAUGCGGGAUGGCGACGAGAAAGCAAGGCAGCGCAGGACUUCAACGCUGUCGAUUGACAGCAGCGUCGACGGCCUGACGACGGGCGUGCUGCGCGCCAGGCAGCUCGACGGGCGGCCGCUGCAAAGGUACAACUGGGACAUGUUCGCUGCCACAUGGAUCUGGCAGCUCGUCAACCCGAGGCAGGCACCCGACAGGCACCUGAUCAACCUGGCCCCGCAGACAGCCAGCAAGAGGGGCGAGGUCCCAGGCCAACCCUUCCAGCUCCUGACCGCCAGCGCGGUCUCCGCCGUGCCCCGCCCGGGGGCAGGGCUUCAUUAUGUGGCCGAGCGGGGCGCGCAGCUACAAGCAGAUGCGGAAGCUCCCUGGCUCAGCCUGCACGGCGCCAGCCCCGACAACAGCGCGGCGAGCGCGGCCCGAGCGGACGCGCGCGAGACAGAGGCCCAGGAGCCGCGGCAGCAGGCGGCCCUGCCGGCAACGCCUCUCAAGGCGCUCACCACGCGCACAGAACGUCGCAACGAAGUGAUCGACUACGACGGCGAGGUCGGAGUCGACGAGGCCGCGCCGGCAGCUUCGCCGCCGCCGGGCGAUGCAGCAGAGGGCCCCGGCGACCCGGAAAGCAGCUCGUUCCCGCCCUCGCUCGACACCGCAGGCGACGCGACAGGCGGCAGCCCCUCCAACGACCCCCCGAGGGCCGUGAGACGGGUCUUCGACGACCUCGUCGACCCAGUAGACGGAGGCCGUAUGCACAGGGAACUGAUGGGCAACGUCCAGCUCGACAGGAGCCAAGGCGGAACGAAGCGGGCGGAGGACGAGGUGGAGGUGGGCACGGAGCCCCCGCUCUGUGAGGCCCUGGGGUCCGAAGAGUGGGGCAGG